AAAAAAAAAAAGCCCAGGAAAUGCUACGAACUCUACCUCAGAUCUCCAGCGGAAGAGAAAAACCUGUAAGCAAAGCUCAGCACCAAAAACUCCAGGGAAUGCUGCUCGCCGACAUUUCUGGCCAGGUUACCCACUGGGAGAUCCACUAUUGUCUCAGUCCCAUUUGCUACCUAAGAUAGAGCUGGCCCCUGUUUCUGGAAAGGCGUUUGUGGGAGUAAAGAUGGAGGCCGGAGGGGAGCGCUUUCCUAAACAAAGGCAAGUCCUGAUUCUCUUUCUCUUGCUGGGAGUGGCUCUGGCAGGCUGGGAAUCCCGUCGCUAUUUCGUGAUGGAGGAAACUGAGAGCGGCUCCUUUGUGGCCAAUCUUGCUAAGGACCUGGGGCUGGGAGUGGCGGAGCUAGCUGCGCGAGAAGCCCGGGUGGUCUCCGAGGACAACGAACCCUGGUUGCAGCUUGAUCUACAGACUGGGAAGUUGAUAUUAAGUGAGAAACUGGACCGGGAGGAGAUGUGCGGCCCCACAGAUCCAUGUGUAGUGCAUUUCCAAGUGUUACUGAAAAAACCACUGGGAGUAUUUCGAGCUGAGCUACUGGUGAGAGACAUAAACGAUCAUUCUCCUGAGUUUCCUGAAAGAGAAAUGACGCUGAAAAUCCUAGAGACUAGCCCUCCUGGGACCGUGUUUCCUCUGAAAACAGCCCAGGAUUUGGACGUGGGCAACAACAACAUCCAAAACUACAAUAUCAGUCACAACUCUUACUUCCAUGUUUCCACCCGCAACUGGGGGGACGGCAGGAAAUACCCAGAGCUGGUGCUGGACAAAGAGCUGGAUCGCGAAGAGCAGGCCGAGCUCAGAUUAACCCUCACAGCGCUGGAUGGCGGCUCUCCGCCCAGGUCUGGCACCGCCCAGGUCCGAAUCUCGGUCUUGGACGUUAAUGACAACGCCCCUGAAUUUGCACAGACGCACUACCAGGUGCAGGUCCCAGAGAACAGCCCUGUAGGCACCCUAGUUGUCAAGGUCUCAGCUAGGGAUUUGGACACUGGAACAAACGGAGAGAUAUCAUAUUCCCUUUUUUAUAGUUCUCAAGAGAUAAGCACAACUUUUGAGCUAAGCAGCAUUUCAGGAGAAGUUCGACUAAUUAAAAAACUAGAUUUUGAGACAAUAUCCUCAUAUGAGCUGUAUAUAGAUGCGUCUGAUGGUGGGGGACUUUCUGGAAAAUGCUCUGUCUCCAUUGAGGUGAUGGAUGUUAAUGAUAACUUCCCAGAACUAACUAUUUCAUCACUUACCAGCCCCAUUCCUGAAAAUUCCCCCGAGACGGAAGUGGCCCUGUUUAGGAUUCGAGACCGAGACUCAGGGGACAACGGAAGGAUGACUUGCUCCAUCCAGGAUGAUCUCCCCUUCCUCCUGAAACCAUCUGCAGAGAAUUUCUACACCCUAGUAACAAAUGGGGCGCUGGACAGAGAGAGUAAAGCCCAGUAUAAUAUCACUAUCACCGUAACAGAUAUGGGGACACCGAGACUGAAAACCGAGCACAACAUAACCGUGCUGGUGUCCGACGUCAACGACAACGCCCCCGCCUUCACCCAGACCUCCUACACCCUGUCCGUCCGCGAGAACAACAGCCCCGCCCUGCACAUCGGCAGCGUCCGCGCCACAGACAGAGACGCGGGCGCCAACGCCCAGGUCACCUACUCGCUGCUGCCGCCCCUCGACCCGCACGUGCCCCUGGCCUCCCUGGUAUCCAUCAACCCGGACAACGGCCACCUGUUCGCCCUGAGGUCCCUGGACUACGAGGCCCUGCGGGCGUUCGAGUUCCGCGUGGGCGCCGCCGACCGCGGCUCGCCCGCGCUCAGCAGCCAGGCGCUGGUGCGCGUGCUCGUGGCGGACGACAACGACAACGCGCCCUUCGUGCUGUACCCGCUGCAGAACGCCUCGGCGCCCUGCACCGAGCUGGUGCCCAGGGCGGCCGAGGCGGGCUACCUGGUGACCAAGGUGGUGGCGGUGGACGGCGACUCGGGCCAGAACGCCUGGCUGUCGUACCAGCUGCUCAAGGCCACGGAGCCCGGCCUCUUCGGCGUGUGGGCGCACAACGGCGAGGUGCGCACGGCCCGGCUGCUGAGCGAGCGCGACGCGGCCAAGCACAGGCUGCUGGUGCUGGUCAAGGACAACGGCGAGCCGCCGCUCUCGGCCAGCGUCACGCUGCACGUGCUGCUGGUGGACGGCUUCUCGCAGCCCUACCUGCCGGCCCCGGAAGCGGAAGCGGCGGACGCGGCCCCCGCCGCCCCUCUCACCGUCUACCUGGUGGUGGCCUUGGCGUCGGUGUCGUCGCUCUUCGUCUUCUCGGUGCUGGUGUUCGUCGCGGUGCGGCUGUGCAGGAGGGGCGGGGCGGCCUCAGUGGGACGCUGCUCGGUGCCCGAGGGCCCCUUUCCGGGCCACCUGGUAGACAGCGGCACGGGAACCCUGUCCCAGAGCUACCAGUACGAGGUGUGUCUGACGGGAGGCUCUGGGAGUAAUGAGUUCAAAUUCUUGAAGCCUGUCUUCUCCAAUAUUCUAGAAUCGGACCUUGGGAGGAAGUCAGAAAGAUGUUCAACCUUCCAGAAUAGUUAG